CAAAUUUAAAUUACAAAUUUGUCUUCCUAGCCGCCGCCUAGCGUCCUAGCAUAUCGGCAUAUGAUUGCCAUAUGGAACGAGGAAUGUGCUGCUUUAUACUUUAUUUGUGCAUCUAGAGUCUAGAGAUUUAAAUCUAGAUUCUAGGUCUAGAUCUAUUAUUUAUAGAGAUACACUAAAAUCUAGAACUGAGUAAGAAUCAGACUGAGUGUCUAGAUUCUAGAAUACUUCAGAAUAGGUCUAGACUAGAUCUAGAGCCUAGACUAUUCUAGACAGUGGUAAUUUCCACUUUUAGCUGUCGUAUUUACAUUUCUAGGCAGCCCUAUCUAGACUCAUCAAGGUCAUGAACAUGCAUGAUUAUCUAGUAGUCUACUAAGCUAGGCCUAGAUCUAUAUCUAGAUUUCUUUUUUUUUCCUAGAUCUAAAAUAAUCCAAAUAGAUCUAUGUGAAACCUUACGACUUUACAUAAAAUAUACAUCUAAUCACUUAGUUCUAGAAGGCCCUUUGAUGUCAUUUUUGUGAUUUACUGAGAAUAGUAUAAAAUCAGUAUGAAAAUUGGAAAGAAAUGAAACCUGUAAUUUUAAAUUGUAAAUCAUCUAAAUGGACACAGUGUGUGACACAUCACCUUACCAAUGCUCUGGCUAAAGCAAUUUUAACAAUAUUUUUGAUAGCUGUUGUUGGGCUACUGUUAAUGUUACUUUAUUAUUUUUACAAAAGAGGUAUUGUAUGUUCGGUAAUUGAUCAGUCUAAUGAAGAACCAGAAGCAGCUCAAAACACAACGCAAAUUAUUAAACAGUUAUUGUCAUUAUGGAAAAGUCUGGUCUCAAUUUUCACUGCCUCGAACUCUGCUAUCAAACCAUUAGAUGUAGACAUGGAAAUACUGUGUAGGAAUAGUUAUGUGACAAAACACAGCUUGAGUACCAUCCUCCUGACACAUUUAACUCAGGACAUGUGUACAACCUUAGAAACAAGUAAAACAUAUUUUAUGGAAAGUUUCAAGAAAAUCUCCUCAGAAAAAGUAACAGACACAGUGUUUUAUGAUUUUCUUAUUAUAAGUUUAUGUGCUGUCUCAAUAUUUGCCUUAAUGAAAAGCCUAAAAAAAUAUAUGGGCUCACACAAACAAAACACUAACUUAUGUUCUUCUUAUAUUGAUGAUGGCUUGAACCAUAAGAGUCUUUCUUCAUUUGUAAAUGAUAAAUCAAGCUUCAAUACCAAAGACGGUUCACACUUAAACACUUUGAGUUUAUCUUCUUAUAGUGAUGAUAAUGAAUUGGUCAGUGGAAAUGUUUCUUCUGUAGCAAAUGACACUGCAAGCUUCCAUAAGAAAAGUAGCAGAUUACUUCCUCGCUGGUUAUUGCACUGGUUUUUGAAGAUUGUGAUUUGUGCCUUUUCUCUGAGUAUAAUGUGGGAGUUUGUACGACUCUAUCAGAGUAAAGUCGCUGAGCGCGCUGCUGCCAUUGUUAAAGGAAUACCAGCUGACUGCGACCCACAUUCCAUGUCUGUUUACCAAAGCCUGAAAGAUUUUCUACGCAGACAUUUUUCUUGGGCACAUGGUGCUGAUGCAUGCAAUGACUACUACUAUGCUUUACUAGUCGACCCAUUGUGGGAUGUUUCUCCUUUGAUGGUUAUAUCCUCAGUACUAUCACAGGGUCUGCUGUAUCCACUGGAGUUGACUUGCUCAAGCUUCGGUCGAGGUGUUCGGUUCUUCUUUCAAGAAAUCCCAUCCCAGUGGCAGCUGUUGAUUUUAGUCAUAGGGCUGUUUAUGAGCCUGUUGACCCUGUUGAUGUUGUGCCGUUAUCGUGUGCAUGUUCCACUGUUGUUCAAACUUGAGCCAGUGACUCCACCUAGAAACAUUUCCCUUGCCAGGAGAAAGAAAAAACGCUGGUGAAACAUGGAUAAGAAUUUUUUUGGUAGUUUUUUUUUUUAUUUGAUAAAGCUGUAGAGCUCCUAAAGUAAAUUUUACAAAGACUAGCAAUCUCUGAAUCACAUUCAGCAGAAACAAAUGUCCUGGAUUCAAUUCAAGAUGGAAAUACAAAAAAAAAAGUCCAUGCAGCAAACUCCCCAAUUUGAACUUGUCUGACCAUUAUGCUGUACACAGACGAAUAUAUUACUUUUGGCCUCAGAAACUAAUGAAUAUAAUUUCUUUUGAGCCCUCAAUAUCUAUAGCCUUCAGGUAACAAUUUAAGGUGGCCUUCAAAACAACCAACCACCUUUUUUGUAAGUUGUUCCUUUUAAUUGAAGAUAUUAUCAUAGACUAUCUGUCCCCCAAAAUGCUGAAUCAGUUCAUCAUGAAUUGAUUAUAUUUUCUGAAAUACUUAUUAAUAAAUAUUGUAACAAUGAUGUGCUGAGAUUGAAUUUCCCAUCCAGCUCAUGUGAUGCUUUUAAUGCAGCUGGCAUGCUGUAAAAAAUCAUAUCAUAGUGCUCAAUAUGUGGAUGAAAAGUGGUUUCUUGUUAUUAAGAGUAUACAUUUUGUAUUGUGACUUUUUUGAGUUAAACUUUCGAUGAUCUAAUAUUUUGCAGUGUAUGAGUAUGUUUUAUUGUGAGUGAAUGAGCAUCGAAAACUAUCAUUCUACUAUUGUUAAAUUACCUUCUUAACAAAAUAAAUCCCACACACCUACCCCUUUGCAGACACUGAAACCAUAAACCAUAUCCUCUUUGAAUGCCCCAUCCUAAUCCACAUUAGGCAGACCCUACUACCCUACAGCCGAACAUAACCAACACUCUGUAUGGCAGUACUGAAUAACUCAAGAGAACAGCAAAGCAUUUUUCCUUGGCACAAUCUGCAAAAGAGCUCACAGCACAGCAGUAAGAAGCUGGCUAGAAGAAGAAGAAGAAUCAUUCGCUAUAGAUCAUUAUGAUGGUCAGGCCUUUAGCUACAUGAUGGAAAAGUAUGGCUGUGAAAUCAGAGAGUGAUGAGUCUGCUGAAAGUGUGUGGUUACGGUAUCUUCUUAUUAGUGUUAAAAGAAAUUAAUUAAAUGUAAUGUUUAAAAAGCUUUUUUUUAAAUAAACAUUCUAUGUUCUUGGAACCAAUAGUUAGGACUCAUAGUAAUACAUAAAAUAAUUAUAAAACUAUAUUAUUUAAUGAAAUUAUUUAGUUUAUUGUACAUCUAAUUAUAAUGUUUACUAUUGUAUUUCUUGUUGCUGUGAUCUCUACACUUUUGAUAUCUUUUUUUAUUUACAACACAACAUGAAUACAACUUAAUGAAAUGUAGAAUUAAAUGGCAUUAUCCUGUUUUUGCUAGGUUUUUUUUUUUUUUUAGAUUGUCUAAGUUAAUAAGCAAUUAAUAAAACAUAUUUUAUACAACAACCAU